CGGCCCGAGUCACGAGGCCCAUAUUCAUCCGAUAUAAAUACAAAGAGAUUUAGGGUUUCUUCACCUUCUCUCUGCUUAAAUCUCAGCAGCUGUAUCAUCUUUCUUUCUUCUCAGCCGCCUCCCUCAUCUAAAAAUGACUCUGUCGAACGAUAUUGAUUUGUUGCACCCCCCUGCUGAUGUUGAGAAAAGGAAGCACAAGCUCAAGCGCCUUGUUCAGACCCCCAAUUCAUUCUUCAUGGAUGUGAAAUGUCAAGGCUGCUUUAACAUUACUACUGUGUUUAGCCACUCCCAAACUGUUGUGGUGUGUGGGAACUGUCAGACAGUGUUGUGUCAGCCAACUGGAGGCCGUGCUCGGCUUACCGAGGGAUCCUCUUUCAGGAGGAAGAGUGAUUGAUGGGUUGUGUUUUGAAUUAAAUGGUGCUGAUAAAGUUUGGUCAGUGUUUAUGGGAAAUAUGUUUUUUUCGUUGGGUUGCUGUAAUUUUCUAUUCUGCGUAACUCGUUGUGGAGCUUAGCUUAAUUAUGUUUUGAGUAGAAAGAUUUUGCUGGGAAAUUUGAAUGGAAUUUUGACCUACAAUA